UUCUUGGGCCCCGGGCGCCCGGCGGGACAGAAGACAGCAAGCCGCCGCCCGGCUGCGCGUAGAUGGAGCAAGCAGAGCCCGCGCAACGCGGGCAGCAGUAAGCGGCGAAGCCGCCGGACCUCACAAACUCGCCAUGGAGGAAGAGAGUAAGGAGGGGAGCGAGAAGCCUCGUGGAGCACGGACUGCAGACAAGGCUGGCUGGAUCAAGAAGAGCAGUGGGGGGCUUCUGGGUUUAUGGAAAGACCGCUACUUGCUUCUCUGCCAAGCCCAGCUGCUGGUCUACGAGAACGAGGAUGAGCAGAAAUGUGUAGAGACGGUGGAACUCGGGAGCUAUGAGAAGUGCCAGGACCUCCGCACUGUCCUCAAGCGGAAACACCGCUUUAUCCUGCUGCGAUCGCCAGGGAACAAGGUCAGUGACAUCAAAUUCCAGGCCCCCAGUGGGGAAGAAAAGGAAUCCUGGAUCAAAGCUCUCAACGAAGGGAUCAGCCGAGGCAAGAACAAGGCUUUUGAUGAGGUAAAAGUAGAUAAGACCUGUGCCCUAGAGCAUGUGACACGGAACCGGGUGCGUGGGGGCCAGCGUCGACGGCCACCAACAAGAAUUCAUUUAAAGGAGGUAGCCAGUGCAGCUUCUGAUGGGCUCUCACGGCUGGACCUCGAUGUCCCCGACAGUGGACCACCAGUGUUUGCUCCUCUCAGUGAUAUCAGUGAAGACCAGCCCCAGGAGCCACCUCGGGCUCUCAUGCCUCCCGUCAAGCCUUCCCCAGUACCAGAGGCCUCUGGAGCUGAGGACAGCAAGGAGACGACGUCUGCAGGAGAGAGAGCCCUAACCCCUGACUCAGCAAGCUCUGAGGCCGAUCCUGAGAACCAAGAGGAUGCAGAGACCCCAGCGAAGGAGGACAGUGACUUUAAGAGGCUCCCCAACAGCACCUUGUCUGAGAAACUGAAGGUGAGCUGGGAGAACCCCAGCCCAGAGGAGCCUCCUGCUCCCGAGAGUGCACAGUUGUCCCCUUCGGAGACUCCAGAGGCUGCCCCCAGGGAGAGCAAAAAGCCCCCUGCACCCCCUCCCAAGAUCCUGUCAGAGAAGAUGAAGGCCUGUAUGAGCGGGGUGGAUGCUUCUGGUCCAUCCCAGAGUUCUGAGGCCCCUGAGGCCGCUUCCCCAGACCCAACACAGGUGUCUGUGAAUGGCGUGGAGGAUGAUCCUGAGUCUGCCAUACAGGCCACCGGCAUCCCUGGACCUGCCCCAGAGGAUGCGGCAGCAUCCCCGGCACCGCCCCGCUGGGACUUGCCAUCCCAGUUUCAUCCUCGCUCCUCUUCCCUUGGGGACCUACUCAGAGACAGCCCUCAGCAUCCACGACUGCCCAAGGAAAAGUUGUAUCGGGCCCAGCUGGAAGUCAAGGUGGCUUCAAAACAGACAGAGAAAUUGUUGAACCAGGUGCUGGGCAGCGAACCGCCACCGGUGUGUGCCGAGUCCUUGCUCAGCCAAGCCGUAGAGCAACUAAGGCAGGCCACCCAGGUCCUGCAGGAAAUGAGGGAUCUGGGAGAGCUGAACCAAGACACCCCUGGGCUAGUGCAGAAACGGAAGGAGCUGGUGACCCUCUACAGGAGAAGUGCACCCUAGGCCUGUCAAGGCCCAGGCACAAACUCACCUACUGCCCAAGGACCCGCAUCUGUCACUACCCAACUUUGCUAAGAAAUGAGCUACAGCUCAGGCUGUAGACGCACCACUGGGUACAUCAAGUCUGGCCGGGACUUGAGGCUCCCGAUGUCCUUUCUACUCCACUCUGGCCUGGGGCUACCUGUCUGGCUCCCUGUUCUGGCCUCUUGUCUAAGUUCUGGGCUUGGGAUGCGGAGUCCUGUGGUCUGUGUGGUUGGUGAAGACUGCCCCAGGGCUUUGGCACCAUGCUUGGAGUUUCCAGGAUGGCACCAUCUCUAUUCUCACCCCCAACAGUUUACAUUCCUGACUUCCGGGUAGAGCACAGCUCAGCUGCCUGAGGCUCCCAUCUUUGGUCUUCAGGCAGAUUCCCACCAAACACACCCACUUAUCUAUAGGUAGGUGUAGGGGCCUUGGGUCCAGGCUGUAGUGAAAUGUGACAUCUAUCAGCUGAGUGAAAUGUGGCCUUUAGCUGCAGCCUGAAGUAGGGUAAGGGUCUGGGUGAAGGAGCUAUUUACUCUGUUGGUUGCCCUCUCUGCAAACUGAGGGUCUUCUCCGCAGCAUCUCUACCCCUUUGGAGAGCUGUGAUUGGAUGCUCAGAUCUAAAGAGAACCCAGGCUUCCUGGUACAGUCCCAGCUCCUGGGCCAGCUUCUGUCCAGCCUUGCAUAUUCCUAAAGAUGAGAACCCUAGAGUGGUCUGUGUUAACAUCUGAAAAACUUGUAUGAAAUCAUCAUUAAUCAACCUCUAGAGGCCCCGCCCCCACCCCAGCCUUCUGUGCCUCCCAGAUGGGAUUUAUCUGAGUCUCUGUGGGUCUUCCUCAGCUGGAGCAGCUCUGACAUCCUCCCCUUUCCUUCACAUGCUGGAGUCUGUGACUACAAUCCACCUAUCAGGCCCCUGGUGGGCUGCCCCUCCCUUACUUAGUGAGAGGAGUGUUUUCUCUCCUCCCUUUGCCUCCUCCCUUCCCUGUCGCUUCUGGCUCUCGGAGCUGCCCUUGCGUCUCCAGCACACUGCAGCAGCCCGCAGGACUGAGUCUGGAAGCUCGCUGGGGGAAGGAGAGGUCACAUAGGAUCUGCCUUGAGGAUUCUGCAUGUGCACUUUGUUUACUGGAAGAGAAGGGAGGGUCACAGCAACACGAUGACAUUUCCACUUACCCUGUUCCCAGCUGCCAGUUUUGCCAACCAAGAUCUGCCAAUCAGUGCAGGUUGAUGCCUUCAUUAUUAUACUGCCCCUUUCUAGCCAGGUAGUGGGCAGGGGCAGGUAGACAGCAGUGCCUUGGCUCGAGAGCCCUCACCCCCCCCCCCCACCUGUCAGCUUCAAACCACAUUCCUUGGGCUCCUAUGUCAGCCUGCCUUUCCCUCCAUCUCCUGUGCAAGAGCAAGAAUGUCCUCAGGUGACCAGUCCCAAUCCCCUGUCAUCUUCCCUUGGGGACAAUCAUCCUGUACAGUAGCAAGGGUGCUGUACCUCUGCCAAGCCACCUGCUUCCAGGAAUUAGAGCCUGUCUGCUGUCACAUGACUAGUCGGGCAAGUAGUUCUGGGGCUAAUGGGCCUUAAUGGUCAAUGCCAUUGGUUCCCUGCUGGUGGGGUGGGGUGGGGACUGCACAGGACCACCUCCCUGCAUCCAAGGUCUUCUGCUUAUGAUCCAUCUUUCUUGAAAUUUGGCAAUAAAAUCUCACUUUAUGGACCUUCCCUGCCCCAAGCCUGUAUGUUGCUAUGAGAGCUAGCCUGAGGCUGAGGCUGGGCGCCAGUGAGUAAAGGACUUGUGGCAGUUGGUCAAUGGUACACCAGCCUUCCAAACUCAGUCCCAAAAGGUAGUUCUCAUGGUCCUUUAAACAUGUAAAUAUGUACUUUUAAAAAGUCAAUUUAGGCAGGGCAGUGGUGGCACUCAGGAGGCAGAGGCAGGGGGAUCUCUUGAGUUCCAGGCCAGCCUAGAUUGGAAUAUACAGAGAUAAUAAUAGCAGAUGUAAAGUCAGUAUGAUAUUUGUUGGGGAUCUUUCUUUCUUUCCUUCUCUCUCUCUCUCUCUCUCUCUUUCUCUCUCUUCCAAGACAGGGCCUUACCAUGUAGUCCUGGUUGUCAUAGAACUCAUAUAGACCUAUACACACAGAGAGCUAUAUAGACCAGGGUGGAUUUAAACUCACAGAGGUCUUCCUACCUCUGUUUUCCAAGUUGUGGAAUUGAAGGCAUGCACCAUUACACCCAGUACUCAUUUAUUUUUUAUGGUGUAGCCUUAGCUAUCCACACAUUCAUAGCAGUUAUGUCUCCGCCUCCGGAGUGCUGGAAUUGAACACAUGCUCCACCACUGCCCGGCUUUUUUGUGGUUUUGUUAUUUUUUGUUUUGUUUGAAAGUUUCACCAUAUAGUUCUGGGUGUCCUGGAACUGCCUAUGUAGACCAUGCUAGCCUGAAACUCAGAGAUCGACUAUCUUCUUCAUCCCCAUUUUAAACUUGAGACAAAAAAGAAUCUUGAUAUAAGGCACAACCUGGUUUUAAACUCGGAUCCUCCUGCCUCAGCCUUUCCAGCACUAAGGAUAUAGAUAUGUACCACUGUUGUUGUGCCAUAACCCCUUAGGCUUUUAAAAUUAACGCAGCCUGACCUUUAACUCUAGCUUAAGAUGAAUUUAAAGCUCUGGUCUUUACGAGUCCACUUCAGAAGUGUUGGGGUUACAAAAAUGUGUGCCUAGAUGACAGCCAGCUCUCUCCUAUUAGUAAUAAACCUCUUUUGAGUUUGGGGUUUUGUCAUGUUUAAGUUGGCACCUGAUGUAGUAGCAUAGUCCUUUGAUCCCAGCACUUGGGAAGUGGAAGCAGGCAGAUCUCUGAGUUUGAGGCUAGCCUGGUCUACAGAGUGAGUUCCAGGACUUCCGGAAACCCUGUCUCAAACAAACAAAAAGUGAAAGAAAUGAAAUUCCCAGCUGGAAGACUACAUAGUCCUAACAGCUUUUCUCAGGGUAUCCUGUCUGGAAAUCCAGAUCCUUGACAUCCUGUGCCUCGGUGAAGAUGUUCUUCAAUCUGGGGAUUGAACCCAUGGCCUUGAACAUGCUGUAAGUUUUCUUUCCACCAUGCAGUUCCUCCCCUAGCAUCAUUGUUUAUUGUAAUCACCUGAGCAACAAGUCUGAUUUUUUUUUU